AUGGACGUAGCAGACGCAUCAACGGCAUCAACGGCUGCUGCAGCAACGGCUGCAACGGCAGCAGCAGCAGCAGCUGCUGCGGCUGCAGGUCCAGCGACCGAAACUCUGCAGUCUUUGGUGCAUACAGAUGAGAACACGCGGCCCGACAACGCAGGCAGCAGCGCAGCAGCAGCAGCAGCAGCAGCAGUUGCUGCUGCAGCUGAUAAGAAGGCAGCAGGCUGUGCUGCUGCUGCUUCUCCAUCUUUGCCGCUAGAGAAGCAGCCAGCGGCAGCAACGCCAGCAGCAGAGGCGCCUGAGGCAGCAGCAGCAGCAGAAAAAACAGCAGCAGCAGCAGCAAAAGCAGCAGGAACAGCAGCAAAAGCAGCGGCAGCAGCAGAUGAUGAUGAUGAUGAUGAAGGACCACUUCCAGAAGAAGACCUGCGGCCUUCUGCUGACUAUUCCCUCGUGGCCAACGGGUUGGUGGACAUGGCCUACGUGGCGCUGGAGGCCUCGCGGCCCAUAUCGGAGUUGCCGCCCCCCGCAGUGGGCGAAUGGGUCGAAAGCAAAGCAGCUCACCACGACGCCCAAAUCUUCAGGUGA